AUGGAAUCAUCGUCUAGAACCAAAUCGUAUUCUCUCCAAAGAUCAUUAUCUGCUUCGGGUCGAUUCUGUUCGUCGUCUUCCUCGGCCUUCGCUUCCUCAAUGUCCAAUUUCUCAUCCCGCUCUACCAGUUUGUUAACCCGGUCCUCUUCACCGACAGGGGUGAAUCUGUACAGAUCCUUCUCGCCUUCUCCAUCCGUACGUUUAGCUACCUCUGCAAGCCGUUCGAUCGCGGUCUCUCCUCGAGACCAGAAGCGAAACCCUAAGUCAUUAUCUGGUCAGAAGAAGACGUGUGCAUGCUCGCCUACGAUGCAUCCGGGUUCGUUUCGGUGUAGUUUUCACAGGAAUGCGAAUAAUCGUCAGAAUCAUAGUAGUAAUCCGGUGUCGUAUCAUUCGACUGGUGGUUUGGAUGCUCGGAGAUCGGCGAUGACGAAUUCUCUGGUGAGGAUUGCGACUGUGGAGGGGGAUUUGGUGAAGAGAGCCUUGGCAGCGUUGAUUCGGCCGUCGUCGCAUCACCAGAGACGGAGAGCUGAUUUUCGGCCCAGGCCCAGUCGCUUAUAUAUCAUGGCCAAAGCCGAAG